UAUAGUGUGUUUGUUGUUAAACAAUGGCGGGUGAAGCAGAGCAGUCGAAUCGUAGUAUCCUAGACGACGAGGACUUUUCUAUGAAUGUCCUUAACGCUUAUGUGAAAGACCAGAUACAAUUAGCUAGUGAUUUGGGAGAAGAGAAUAGAGCAAUGAACACCAAACUAAAAGAAAUCUUUAAAUGUACGGUUUGUGAGGAAGUGCGACGUACGCCUAUAUACCAGUGCAAGUAUGGCCAUCUAAUUUGUGCUGGUUGUUUUGGAGAUAUCCUUUUAGAAAGUAGAGUUCAGAAUGAAAUUGCGACUUGUCCUGUUUGCCAAACUACAAUUAAUAAAGAUCUUUGCUCACGUAAUGUUGCUGCAGAAAAAGCCAUAUUACUGCUUCCACGUAGAUGUAAAUUCUGUAAUAAUGAAUACAGACUUCAUAUUCUUACGCAGCAUGAAAGUGAGAAAUGCAAUCAUAGACGUCUUACAUGCCCAAAUUAUGCAAUAGGUUGUGGCUGGAGAGGAAAAGUGUAUUCAGGCUUUAAGCAUGGAUUGAAAUGCAGUAAAUCUUCAGAUGUUGGUUAUGAUAUCUUGCGGAGUUUAUCAACUAUAGAUGGGAUGCAUAAAGACCAAAUUGAUUUGCAUAAUAAACUAAUGGAAUUGCUGUCGUGUGAAAAAUUUACUCAUUGUGACCUUCAGUUUAAGAAAUGCAGAGAGGAAGGCAAUAAUAUUGUUAAGUAUGAAACUACCACAUUCUGUGCUUUAGAAAACCAAUGGAUGAUUCGCUGUGAGGCAGUUAUGUACAGUUUACUGUGUAAUUUCCAGUUAGUUCUGAAGACCAAAAUAAAUAAUCCCAUCAAUUUGCAAUAUAUGUUAAAUAAAGGCCCUUACAGUGACAUGGACUUCAAACCCAAAUUGCACCAGUUUAAAUUCUCAGACAAAAGCAUGGAAAGUCAACGUGAAGAAAUAUAUUUCAUAAAUAAAAACAACUAUCGAAAUUUUACGGCCUCUAAGAGGGUCAAUUUCAGAAUUUUCUUGUUUUUAUCUAAAUAAUAGUCAUUGAAUGUAAAAAUUAUGGUUUUUAACAAUUUCAUAUGGCUGUGUAAUCAUCAAUGUAAAGCAAAGUAGAUGGUAUAAAAUUGUUGCAUUUAUAAGCAACAUUUUAUUUGUAGGAAAGUAUACUAGUGUUUCUCAGAAUUUUUUGUUUACAUCUUUGCUGAAUGACCUUAUUUUGCUCAUAACAGAUUUAUAUCUCUUUAGAAUAUUUAAGAAUAUAUUAUAAAUUCAAAUAAUACGAUUUUAGUAUUAAGCUUCAGAUUUUGCUGUUUUAAAUUACGUCUUGUGUCUUUUUCCACUCUAAGCUAAAUACUGAUUAAUCAGUUUUAAUUCAUCUUCUAUUAAAAAUUUUCAAUCCCCUCCCAAAAUGAUUGGACACUUGUUUCUCAAGCAUUUGUCAGGACUGGCUAAAUAUAUUCAUUGUUUACCUAGCUCAUCACCAAGAAUGCUGCCUAAUUCUCAUCACAAGGACUAGACUAAUAUUAUAUCUGCGAUGAAGGGAGAAGGAUACACUUAAAUAAUCAAGUCUUAUACGAGAUCAUGCAGUUUGAACUAGCAGUCAGAUCCCACUAACCUCCGUAUGAUUCAUGAUGAAAAAUUUCAGGACUGCUCUGUCAAAAUUCCUGAAAUAUUUAACAUAGUUAUCCUGUAGUAACACUGCUUCACAUUGAGAAAUAUUCCCUUUUUUGUUAACUUUUUUGGAUGAAUCCAAAUAUGACAUUUAAUUUUCAUUUCAUUUUGUAGUUCAUAUCAUACACUAAUUUUAAGGCUUUAAAAAAAAAAAGUGUGGGGGGGGGGAAAUGAAAAACUAAUUUUUUUAGGAAAUUUCAUUUAAAAGCCAUAGCUAUUUUACCUAUAGCUUUAACAGAUUGUUUUAUGCGACUCAGUUUUAGGUGAAGCCGAUGCAAAUCAAUCUUUAUCAUAUACAUUAAGGCAUAUGUUUUUCACCAUGCACAAUAUCUUCAAGUAAAUGCAGUUUUUUAAAAUAGCAUAAUAAUUGUUUGUUGCUCACUUCUUCUAUCCAUCAAAAAAUAUACACUGUUUGGUAAUACUUGUAACAGACAUUAGUAAUGCCAAGCUUAUACAUUAGCCUAGAAAUUUCACUGAUGGUCACAUAUUUUAAAGUAAUGCUGUAAUUUGUCAUUAAUGUCUUUCAUAUUCACUGCUUAAAAUGAAAUAACUUACAAGAAACAUCUUCUGUAGCAUAAAAGAAUUUCAAGGAAUAGAUGGAUGUUAGUCAUACUAGAAAAUAAAAGGAAAGUAAAACUUCAUUCAAGCUUUUUAGAGGAAUCAAUAAAACUGAGUUAAUUAAAACUGAAUUAAUAAAACUGAGCCAAUUAACUAGCUUUCCAAAUUAUAAUAUUCUAGCUUAAGUCAAUAAUCCUUAGCUAUAAUGACACUAUUUUCACUGAUAGUCAAGAAAAUAUUUUAUUUGAUUUAUAUACUAUAUUUUAUGGUAAUGCUAUAUUAAUUAUAAUAAUAAUGGUUAAAGCUUUUACUUCGGUAACAGUGCAUUUUUUUGUUAAACCAUUUUUCCCCUUAAAAGAAAAAAAAACUUAUUGUUUAAAAACCAAUGGAUGGUACUCAUUUGUAAGACUAAUUUUUAAGUAUAUAGAGUCUAAAUUAUGCACAAUACUUGUUAGUUUCUUAGUAAAUAUUUUGCUGCAGAAGUCACUCAAACUUUUAUGCAAAACAGCAAUCUUCCAAAAUAGUAUCUGGAUUGUGCUAUCAUAAUAAUAUAAAAGUAUUGCUCAUACUAGUUGCAUUCUUAAAAUCUAAAAACCUUGCUGCUUUAUCUCUCUUUUUUCCUUUGGACAAUUCAAUUUCCCAAGGAGGCACUAUUGACAUGGGAAACACUAGCUACAGCACAAAUAUUUAAUUGUCAGUCAAAAUUUCACCAUUUGCAUGGCUUUUAAAGUGUAUUUUUUUUAUUUAUGUAAAAAAAUAACAUCACAGUGCAAAUAUAAAUUUUCUGUGCAUUUAAAAAUUCAUAUUGUAAUGCAUUUCAUAGCAGGACUCAUUUUUAAUUGGUGUUAUUAUGCAUUUAUCAAUUGUAACAGAAACUUACAUGCUAUACUGAUCUGUGCAGUAUAUUCAUAUACUGAAAAUAUUAAAAUGGGAGGGAAAUUAAGAUAAAAUUAAUAAGUGCUGUUUUUUUUAGAAUUCUGAAAGACAUUUUCUUCUGAAGUAGUUUAAGUUCUCAAGGUUUUUUGAAAGAGUUUUUUGUAAAAGGGAAUAAAUGCAUGUUUAAUGUUUUUUGUAUAUUAAUGUAUAUUUAUUUAAUGCAUAUUAAUGUAUAUGCAUUAAAAUAGCAUAACUUUUAUACCAAAAAAUAUUGAUUGAUUAAAUUCUAUAUUUUAAAUUAAAUUCAGUUCUGUAUGAUACAAAUAUAUAUAUAUAUAUAUAUAUUAUUCGAUUCCAGCCUAUAGGUAUUGGACAGCUAAAUGUGUUAUUUGAGUUAUUUUAUAUUUUUCCUUGAUUUAAGUUUAAAUUAAUUUUUAAACUGUGCAUUUAUUAGCUCAGAAGCAGGUGUUUUCUUUUGCAUUUCUCAGUACACCAACCCCUUUGCUUAUUUUCUCACAUUUUUCAUGUAUUUUAAGUGAUUUUCUUGCCAAAUUGCUUUUUACACUGCUUUGGUUUAUUUGGUAAUUUUGGAACUGCUCUCAUAUUGUUUUUUUAAAUUAUAAUUUUUUUUUUUAAUUGUGUCAAUUGAUACAGUGGUUGUUUGCAUUUUUAGCAGUUCUGCUAUUUUUGUGCCAGUUCAUUGUUCCCUGUUGUCAAAUUCUGUAUAUCUGAAUUUGCGUAGAUUUUUUUUAAUUUUAAUAAUUAUAUAUAUAUAGACAAUAAAUAAGAAAUUUAGAACUUAUUUUACACAAAGACCCAAAAAAGUAAAAUUCAAUACCAAUAAAUUUCAAAAUAUUCUAUAAAUAUACAAAAUAAGAAUUAAAGAAUACUUUGAAUAAUUGUGUUUUUAAAUAAAUAUUUCUGUGAUACUAGAUAUAUAUAUACAAACACACGCAAUAAAUGCUUGAAUAAAUGCAGUAUAGUGUGUGUGUGUACACACACACACAUAUAUAUAAUUUGAUAAAUGUAAUAAAAAUCAACCAAACACUGAAAUUUAGUUUAUAUGAUUAAAUAUGAUGGCCUUUUUUUAAAUAUUAUUUUUAAUUCUUAUAUAAAUAGUGGACAAGUUUUAGCUCCUUAAUUUUAAUGGAUGAAUUUAUGACUAUGGCUACCAAAAAAACUGUGUAGUACAUUUUAGCAACCUAUCUCAGGUUAUAUUGUGAGUAACUCGUUCAGUAUUUGUCUGGAUUAUGCAAAUAUUUUCUGUGUGAUUUUUGUUGCAGCAUUUUUUAGAGUAAUUAUUUUGAAUAUCAGCAUGAUUAUUUUUAGUUUUAAACAUGAUCAUCAUAAUUCGAAGUAUGGAAUUUUCUCAGAAGUUCUUUCUUAAAUUUUUAUUCUGUAAAAUGUUAUUACUUUUUAAAAAAGUGUAACUGGAAUUUUCAUUAAUAAAAUCUCGUAUUACCAAUCUAGAUACAAAUGCACUUAUGUUACUAGAUUUAACAGAAAUGUAUUAAAUGAGGUUUAAAACUAAGGAGGAAGAAUGCAAUGAUAAUUAAAAAUCAGAUGUGUUAUGAAAUUUGUAAGACUGAGUUGCAUUGCAAAUUGUUAUUAUGUUGAUUGAUGGUAUUCCAGUUGAUGGUACAGUUGCUGAUGAAUGCACAGAGGAUUGUAAGACAACUCUGGCAAUAACUAGGCAGUUAUUGUAAGUGAUGAGAGUAACUGAGAUUUUCAAUCAUUUUCUAUCAAACUCUUCAUUUGACACCUAUUUCAAUUAAUUAAUGAUAGCAUUGUAAUUGUUAUUUGUAAUGCAACUCAGAAACUGUUCUCAUGAUGUUAUUCAUACCAUAUGUAACUGUGUAUAUUGCUUGUACUUGUGGAAUAUUAUCUUGGUAUUCAUUCAUUAAUAAAAUAUUUAAAAUUGCA